GCAAAUAUCCCCACAAAACCUGUCGCCACACACACUAACGCACCUAUCAAAACACACAGAAAUAAACCGUAGAGAGAAAUUGAGAAGCAGCAAUCAUGGCGGCGACGGUGAAGACGGCGUGGGCGAAGCCAGGCGCGUGGGCUCUGGACGCGGAGGAGAACGAGACGGAGCUCCUCCAGCAACAGAAGGAAGAUACGGCCGCCGCGACGACCAAUGGCCACUCCGAGACGGCGGAUUUCCCGUCUCUGGCGGCGGCAAAGACUAAGAAGAAGAAGAAGCAGGUUCUGUCGCUCCAGGAAUUCACGACCUACAGCGCGGCUAAGCCCGCGGCGUUCCAGGCGAAGGGAUUGACGACCGACGAGCUGAUGGCUCUCCCAACCGGUCCACGCGAGCGAACGGCGGAGGAGCUCGAUCGGAACAUGCUAGGAGGGGGAUUCAGAUCCUAUGGCGGCGGGAUGAGGGAUGAGCAGCCGCGGCGCCAGGGGAGCUUCAAUCGAGAGUCGAAUCAUGAAUUGGCGCCGUCUAGGGCUGAUGAGACUGAUAAUUGGGCGACGGGGAAGAGGUCUCCUGCUAGUAGUGGGUUUGAGAGGAGGGAUAGAGGGGAAAGAGGGGGUUUCUUCGCCGAUUCGCAAUCGCGAGCGGACGAGUUUGAUAAUUGGGCGUCGAAUAAGAGUUUUGCCCCUUCUGAGCCUAGGAGGUAUGAACGAAGGGGAAGCUUUGGAUUGGAAUCAAACAACGGCGGCGCGGAUUCAGGAAGUUGGGUGAAGAGAAGAGGAGAGGAAGGGACGAGGAUGGGCGGCGCAUUCGAAAGUUUGAGGGAGAGGAGAGGGGGUCCGGAAGGGGCGCAUUCAUCAGAGAGCUGGGGCAGAAGACGAGAGGAUAUGAGUGCUGGUUGUAGGCCUAGAUUGAAUUUACAGCCUAGAACACUGCCGGUGAUUGAGAUUGCUUCUCCAGAGAAGCCUAAGGCCGAGAUUGCUGUUACCGUGAGGCCAAAAGGGAGCAAUCCAUUUGGUGAGGCAAGGCCGAGAGAGGAAGUGUUGAAGGAGAAGGGCCAAGAUUGGAAGGAGAUUGACGAAAAGCUCGAGUCUACCAAGAUUAAGGAGGUGGUUUCUGAUGGACCGGAUCCUCCUAGGAAGAACUUUUGGGGUGGGAGAGAGAUGCGGCAGGAAGAGAAGACUGAGAGGGCUUGGAGAAAGCCAGAAUCUGCUGAUUCCUACCCCCAGAGGUUCUCCCCUUUGCAUUUGCUCCUUGGCUGCCUUCCAUAGCCUAUAGACUGUCUUCCUACUGAUGCUAUGAGUUUCUGCUGCCUCCAUUACAGCCCCUCUUGCUAGUACUCCAUCAUGGCUGUGCUUGAGUAGAAACUGCACCACAUUAUUCUUUAUGUUGCUGCUCAAGUACAUGGUUUGCCUCUGCCCAAUAUCCAUCCCGAUGAUGAAAUUUUUCUGAGGGAGCCGAAUUUACUUCAUUGUUGGGAGUUUUUUUGGCAGAAUUUCAGAUUUGUGGUUGUUGGAGUUGUCUUAAAUGAAUGUAGUUGAGGCAUUUAUAGCAGCAUAGGAUUUGUACAGGUUGGAACUCAAAUUUCCCUCAAAAACUUUGUAGAGGGAACUUUGAAAAAUUCACUUCCCCCCUUGUAUUUUGAGGUGAUUUCACCUGACUUUGUUCAAUUAUGUAUGGAAGGCAUUUUUUUUA